AUGGAUUUUGAAAAGAAAAAUCCUGUGGUCCACACACUUUCAAUGGACCCAUCAUACAUGUCCGGUAGUGAAAAUGCCGGAAUGGAUGUCAAAAACGCACCAUGGACUCUCACCAUUGAACAAGCAGCCAGUGCGUUUGAGACAAAUACUACUAGUGGUAUUACUCACGACGAAGCCAAGAAAAGACUAGAAAUCUAUGGUCCUAACCAGCUUGACCAGGGUGAAGGUGUCUCUAUGAUCAAGGUAUUUUUACGGCAAGUAUGCAACGCUAUGAUUCUAGUUCUUGUGAUUUCAAUGGCCAUCUCAUUUGGUAUUAAAGAUUGGAUUGCCGGUGGAGUUAUCGCCGGUGUUAUUGGCAUUAAUGUGGUUGUUGGUUUUAUCCAAGAGUACAAUGCUGAAAAAACCAUGGACUCUCUCCGAUCUCUUUCUUCUCCAACAGCCAGAGUCAUUCGUAAUGGUACCGAUGAAACUAUUCCUUCAAUUGAGGUUGUUCCUGGAGAUCUGAUUAGUGUCAAAGUUGGUGACACUAUCCCUUCGGACUUUAGAGUCAUUGAUUCUAUGAACUUUGAAACUGACGAGGCUCUUCUUACUGGUGAGUCGCUUCCUGUUGCCAAAGAGCAAAUUCCAAUUUUUCCUCUUGAAUGUGGUGUUGGAGACCGUAUCAAUAUGGCCUAUUCUUCGUCAAUUGUUACCAAGGGCCGUGCAAUUGGUAUUUGUACAAGUACUGGUAUGCAUACGGAAAUUGGUGUCAUUGCUAUGUCCCUCCGCUCCCAAAAUAAAGGUUUUCGCCCUGUCAAGCGCGACGAGUUUGGCAAGGCCCGCAAGCGUGAUUAUGUUGGUGCUUUUGUCGGAACUGUUAAAGAUGCAAUUGGUGCCUUCCUUGGUGUUAAUGUCGGCACCCCUCUCCACAGAAAGCUUGCUCAGCUUGCUAUUUUUCUGUUUGGUGUCGCUGUUGUCUUUGCAAUUGUUGUUAUGGCUGCCCAAAAAUUUAAAGUUAACAAGGAAGUUGCUAUCUACGCCAUUGCUGUUGCUCUUUCUAUGAUUCCUGCCUCUCUUGUAGUUGUCCUUACUAUUACUAUGGCCGUUGGAACUAAGAUUAUGGUUAGCCGUAAUGUUAUUGUUCGUAAACUUGACUCUCUUGAAGCUCUUGGUGCUGUUAAUGACAUUUGCUCUGAUAAGACUGGUACCUUAACGCAAGGUAAGAUGGUUGGACGCAAGGUUUGGAUUCCCACUGUUGGUACCUACCAAGUUGUUAACUCUACUGAGGCUUUCAACCCAACAAUCGGUCAGGUUACCUUUUCGCCAAACACACCUUUUGAAGACGGCUCUGAAGAUGAUAUUCACCAGAACAUCCCGGAACCUUUCUCUAAGAAAUUCACUGAAUGGCUUGAUGUUGCUUCUCUUGCUAACAUUGCCAAAGUCCACUAUGAAAUUGACGAAAGUGGAGCCCACAUUUGGAAAGCUAACGGUGACCCUACUGAAAUUGCUAUUCAAGUCUUUACACACAGAAUGGAUUGGCAGAGACCUAAGUGGACUGAAGGUGAUAGUCCAAAAUUUUCUCAUCUUGCUGAAUACCCCUUUGACUCCUCCAUUAAGCGCAUGACAGCUGUUUACAAGGAAAACGCUACUGGUCUUACCCACAUCUUUACCAAAGGUGCGGUGGAACGUGUUUUGAACUGCUGCUCUACUUGGUAUGGUGGCUCUAACCCUGACGAAAAUGGAAUUUCUCCUCUUACUGAAGAGGAUAAGGAAUUUGUCCUGAAAAAUAUGGAUGCCCUUGCUAAGCAAGGUCUGCGCGUUUUGUCAUUUUCUAGAAAGCUUUAUGAUGGUCCUGAAAAUACAGACUGGAAGGAGUUGGAACGUGGAAACCUGGAAAAAGAUCUUCACUUCCUUGGACUCAUUGGUAUUUACGAUCCUCCCCGUAUUGAAUCUGCUGGUGCUGUCAAGUUGUGUCACAAGGCUGGUAUUAAUGUUCACAUGCUUACAGGUGACCAUCCCGGUACUGCCAAAUCCAUUGCUCAGGAAGUUGGAAUUCUUCCUCACAAUUUGUACCAUUAUCCAGAAGAUGUUGUUAAAGUUAUGGUCAUGACUGCUCACCAAUUUGAUUCACUUUCUGAUGAUGAAAUUGAUGCACUUCCUGUUUUGCCUCUUGUUAUUGCCCGUUGUGCCCCUCAAACAAAGGUCCGCAUGAUUGAUGCACUCCAUAGACGCAAGGCUUUCUGUGCCAUGACCGGUGAUGGUGUUAACGACUCUCCUUCUUUGAAACGUGCUGAUGUUGGUAUUGCCAUGGGUAUUGCUGGUUCUGAUGUUGCUAAGGAUGCUUCUGAUAUUGUCUUGUCGGACGAUAACUUUGCUUCGAUUCUGAAUGCGGUUGAAGAAGGUCGUCGUAUGGCUGCAAACAUUCAAAAGUUUGUUUUGCACUUGCUCGCUGGUAAUAUUGCUCAAGCUUUGUUUUUGCUCAUUGGUCUUGUUUUCCAGGAUGAGGAUGGAAUUUCUGUUUUCCCUCUUUCUCCGGUUGAAGUUCUUUGGGUUAUUAUGAUCACUUCUUCUUUCCCUGCUAUGGGUCUUGGUGUUGAAGCUGCAGCACCGGAUAUUAUGGAACGUCCUCCUGUUGAUCCCAAAGCUGGUGUUUUUACUUGGGAGGUCAUUGUCGAUAUGCUUGUUUACGGUUUCUGGAUUGCUGGUGUCUGUAUCUUUUCGUUUGUCGUUGUUGUUUACAAGGAUGGAACUGGCAAAGAUGUUUUGGGCAAGAACUGUAAUAACAAGUACACUGACGUAUGCGAGCAUGUGUUCCGUGGUCGUUCUGCUUCAUUCUUGACUAUGACUUGGUGUCUGUUACUUCUUGCUUGGGAAGUUAUUGACAUGAGACGAUCACUCUUUAGAAUGCACCCUGAAACUGAUACACCAUACACUCAAGUGUUUAGAGACUUGUGGAGCAAUCAGUUUUUGUUUUGGUCUGUUAUUCUUGGAUUUGUUUCUGCUCCUCCAUUGAUUUACAUUCCGGUCAUUAAUAAGGAUGUUUUCAAGCAUGGUCCUAUUGGAUGGGAAUGGGGUAUCAGUGUUGCAUCAAUCUUUAUUUUCAUGAUUGGCGCCGAGUCUUACAAGUAUUUUAAGCGCAUUUAUUACAGACGCAACGCAGAAAAGGUCAAAAAUCCUCAAGACGAUUUGGAGAAUUCUCCAUUUGCAAAGUAUGCAUCUCUUUCAAGACAAAACACAAUGGAGCAUCAGACUGUCAUUAUCGGGGCUGCCAAGAAAUAA